AGAAGAAACAUCAAAUUAUUACAAAGAAGUUCAAUAACUACAACAUUUUAUAGUAUCAAUGGCAGCAAGAGCUACUGUGGAUUUUGAACCCUAUUGCACCUGGCAAAGAGAUCAAGAACGUGACACUCUUAUGAUUCAUCUCCAAGGUUUCAAGAAGGAUCAGUUAAGGAUUCAGUUAAGCAAUCUCGGAGUCAUGGCAAUUACAGGUGAACGUCCAAUAGAAGACAACAAAACCAGCCGUUUUCGAAAAGAAGUUAAAAUAACUAAAGAUUAUAAGACUAACGAAAUUCAUGCAAAAAUGUCUGGCGGUAUUCUUUACAUAACUAUGCCAAAGGUUACACCACCAUCACCACCCCCUUCUCAAGAUCAGCCAACAGCAACGCCGCCACCUCCAACACCACCACCGCCACCGCCGCAAAAUCAAGAAUCAAAGACCAACGUCCCUGAUUCUAUCUCGAAUAAGGAAAAUACCACAGCAGAAUUGGGCUCUGGAGAAAAUGCUGCAUUGCUUACUGCUAAGCAGUCAAGUUUUGGAAUUGGGUUUCAAAAAUUGCUUUCAAAGAAUCGUCAAAUUAUGAACAAGAGUAGGAAUAUUGGGGUAGCGGUUGCUUUAAUGGUGGUUAUUGGUGCAAUUGUAGCGUACAAAUAUAGACAGCCAUCUUAAAAUGUUGCUGUGAAUUUAUGUACAUUCUAUACUCUGUAUAACUGUUGUUAAAUGUGCUUUCUCGAUCAAUAUAAGGCGUAUUCGUCGCCAAUAAAACAUCUAUUGUAGCAAAGUUUAUAAAACAGCGACGCUCUAUUGCUGAUUGCUUGAUUUGAA